GGGGUUCCAAAUAAAAAGUGUCACUGACAUUAAAAAAAAAAAGUAUUUUUCAAGAGAAAUCUGGCCAAGAAGGCAACAGAAAUUGCAAGGUAUACAUACAUAGUGUCACUGUUCUGUAACGUGGCCAAAAAGGGCUGGAUGGAUUGUAAUAAAGAUGGUUUCAAAGCAGGAUAUUUCUUCAUUUAAUAUAUAACCCCUUUGUAGAUCAUGUUUACUGCAGCCUAUUUAAGCAAAUAGAUCACAGAUUUCAAAAGCGAGAGAGAGAAUUAAAUCGUUAUUUAGUAGUCAAUCACUUUUUUGCACAGCAACGGCUCAAACGUGGUAUUGACGUAUGCCGCCACCUCGCGGACACUGCCGUUCAUUGUGUACGGUACUUCGUUUCCAUAGCAACCGUUACUGCCAAACCACUGUGUUAGCAACGGUUGACUCGUGCUUAUCGUGACUUCAGGGUUCGCUGUAGAUUUGCAGUCAGUGAACACUGCAGGGUUCGCACUUUGACAGAAAAAUAGCAUUUUCUUAGAGAAAUGAUGGCUGAGACAGGCGGUGUGACCAAGCUAGACGUCUCUGUACUAAACGCUGAGCAGCAAGAGAAACUGCGACAGUUUAAGAUCAAGACGAGAAUCGACAACGAGAGGUAUUUGAGGUCGCAUCCCGAAGUAGACGUACUCAUAGGCGACUUUCUAAGGGAUGUGCUUCACAAACAGCCAGCUGACAUCCGUGAGUUUGCUGCAGAUCACUUCUCAAACCCAAACCUUGAAGAAACUAUUCUCCCCAAAAUGGAAGGAAACAGCGAGACAAACUAAAACACUUCCAACAACUUCACCUAUGUUUUCUCUACAUUGAUAAAAAAAAUUUAUGGACUAUGUUUUUUGGAACAAUGAUGCUGCUUCAGUUGCUCCAUUGUCCAGUUUGUGGACAAGGGUCCUAAAGGGUUUUAUGCUUAUUUAUUAAUUAGAAUCCUUAAAUGUAUAAUUACCUUGAUAUACCUUGAGUGGUAUUAAAUAUUUUGUCACGUCACCACAAGUAUUUAUAUAAAUUACACAAUAAAAUGUUUUUUAAAGCCAC